UUGAAUUAAAGAGUAACUGCUACUAAACUGCACGUCGGACGGAGAGCUUCAGGCGAGAACCUAGACGUUGGGAGGAGGGUUUUGGGCGUGGAUUUCCUCUAACCUUCUUCUGCUUCUUAAGUAAACGGCUUCAAAUUUGAGCGAUUUUUGUUUUAAUGAUUCAAAUCUGGGUUCAGAUCUCCAUUUUUGUUCUUGGCUUUAGAUCGGUGGCUCAGCACGAGCAUUUGAAAACACGCUUUUCCCGCUUCUUCUCUUCACUGCCCCUCCCAUGGAGGCAUCCAAGAUGGAGGCUCUCUACUCCAAGCUUUACGAUAAGUACAAUAAAAUGAAGACAAAGAAAUUUACUGAAUUGGAUGAGCUCAAUAGAGAUCAAGAAGUAAAAUUUGUGAAUUAUGUAUCUGCUACAGAGGAGUUAGUUGAACACUUGAGAAAUGAAAAUGAGAGAUUGCAAUCUCGAGUUGAUGAACUGAGAAGUGAAGUUGCUUCUGUUAGGGUUUCCAAGGAUGAACAAUGUGCUGAGUAUCAGAAACUCUGGAUGGAAGAGGGCCAGAAGAAUAAAGUGUUUUCUGAAGAAAUUGUGAGGCUGCAAAAGCUGCAACAUGAGAGUACUUUUGGCAGUAAAGAGGACAGAAAUCACAGGCAACCGAGUACACCAGGAAGCACUCAAAUCACAUUAAGAGAAUUAUAUGACAGCUCAAACAGACGAGUGACAAGGAGUAGUAAACGCAGGAGGUAUUCUGGGACUGAAACAGGAGCAGCCGCUCCUCAUGGCAGUGGUCAAGAUGAUGCCAUUGAAAGGGAAUCAACAAAGGACUUGCAUACAGAAACUUUGCCUAGUGGGGCUCUUGAGAAUGUUCAGCAAGCUUAUCUGCCGGAAUGUUGUAGAAGACUAAUUGAUAAAUCAGGUGGUGAUGUAAACGUUGAAGAUGCUUCUAACUGCCUGUUUCAAGCCCUUAUUGAGUUUUUGGUGGGCAUGAAGUUCUCUGUUAGUCAAAGUGAAGGAAUAUGCGUAUCAGCAGAGCAUCAAUCAAGCGGUUACACGUUUAGCUUGACAUGGGUCAACAAGGCAGAUGGAAAUGAAGUAGAAUUGCAAUACAAUGUCUUAUCCUUGGGGACAUUGGAGAGAGUAGCCCCACAGUGGAUGAAGGAGGUCAUUAGGUUCAGUACAAGCAUGUGCCCGAUCUUCUUCGGGAGGGUAUCUCGUGUUGUGAAGCUGUUUUCUUAGCUGCGAUAUUGUUAUUAUUGCUAUUAUUAAUACUUUCAUACUUACUGAGGUAUAUGGUUUAUUGCUGAGAACGUGACAAAUCUUUUUGAGUGAAUCUUUGUCAAUCAAAAUAUGCUGUAGUUCCUUGACUACUACUUGACGAGACAAACCACCCCCCCGCCCCCACACACACAAAAAAAAAAGGCGGUCAAGUAUUUAUAACUAUUUGUUAUGAUUAUUUUUUUCGAAGGUGCGUGGUGGAUCUUAAUUGAAAAGAUUAAAUGUCAUAAUUGGUUAAUUUUUAAUUAAAUACUAAUUUGUUUGUCACU